CCAACCUAAGUGAUAGUGAGGUACCAAUUUACUUACCAAAAUGUUUUAACACAAUAUAAAAAGCAUUACCACAUUUUACUAUUUUCUUACCAGCCAGUAACCAUCGUUUCACCUCUCUUCAAAACCCUUAACGCCGCAAACACUCUUUUUUUUUACCAUGGACCUCUUCGCCGCCGAACACGUCGCUCCAUUUCCCGACUCCGGUGACCUUCUCUUCGCCGCCGGCCUCCUCUCCACUCACCACAAUCCCCAAAAACUCCGCCCUAUCAGGUCCGUCCCUCCUCCUCCUGGUUACCUCGUUCACUCUCAGUCCCCUCCCAACCCUCACCCUCUAGAACCUUCCAACAAGUCUCAAGACCCGACCGAAUCCGGGUCGGGUCAUUCUCAGUUGCCUCCUGGCCUCGAACCCGGUUCGUCUUUGGAUGAUGAUGAUGACGACGAUGCGGAAAAUUCAUCUGCAAGUACUAAAGAAUUUGUCUAUUAUCUUUUCUCUCCCCACCACCUGUGAAUCUUUUAUCCCCCUAAAUUUCCAAUUUUGUCCUUGAAAAAACUUCGGUUUAUAGAAACCCAAGUUUUUUUUGCCUUGAAAACAAAUUUCGGUUUCUAAAAACCGAAAUUUACUUUGAAUUUGCACUACUAAAAAUCCGGUUUCUGCGAACCAAAGUUUUCAGCAAGAGUAAAAUUGAAAUAUUGAAGGAUAUAAAAGAUUCACGGGAGGUGGGAAGAGAAAACAUCUUUAUCUAUCGAUGCUUCAACUAAAUGUAAAGGCAAGGAAACAAAAAAGUCCAAGUUAGCUUACAUGGAAGAUAAUCUCAAUUAAAUCAUUGAUUGUUAGUUAGUCAACAUAAUGGACAAUUAGCUUUGAAAAUUAAUAGAAAAUAGGUGAAAAGGUGAAGAAUAUUUCUUCACUUGCACCACUUACGGUAUAUGUGAAUUGAAUCAAAACUGUUUGUAUUUGUGUGUCAUGCAUAUGAUGAUUAUAUUUAAUAAUUUUAUUCUCAUA